AUGCCAAAAGCUAGUACUACUCCUGGAGCUCGGCUUCGAUGCAGGAGAGCAUGUGACAGCUGUAAGCGAAGGAAGCAGAAAUGCAACGGAGAACAGCCAUGUACGAUAUGCGUACAACGCCACAAAGAGUCUGAGUGCUAUUUCUCAGACAAAUCGGCCCGUCUGCUUCGACCGAAUAACAACUCGAAGGAGACCAUGCUACUGAACGAGCAUAUGGUACCGACACCGCAAAGGCAGACCGCUAUGGACCGCCUAUUGAAUUCGCUUGAAGACCACAGUGCCAACCUGGACCAACAAGCCGCAGAUGAUAAGGAGGGGACGGCACCAGUCCCAAAAGUGACCAGACUGCUUCGUGAUGGUCAGGGAAAGUUUAUGUAUAUUGGUGACUCAGCGAGUCUGUCGUUUCUCCAGAGCGUUCGCCGCAUUGUGUCUUCUUGUAUUGGCAACUGUGAAUUUACUGAGGAUAGCUCGCGCCAUUCAAUGCUUGAGGCUUUCCAGAAUAGCUCUGCGACGCAAACAGGGCUGUUAAUCCCCCCUCCGAGCAAUGAUGAAGCCCAGCGAUUGGCGCGCCAGUAUGUCCUCGCCACCAGCCCAUUGCUGGAUUUGUUCGACCUGAAUGAAUUCCACCUCCGGCUUGCCAAUUGGGUCGAGAAUCCAACUGGAGAUGAGGAUACCGUAAGCUCAAUAUUUUAUCUCGUCCUCGCCAUCGGUGCGCAGGUAUCAGAUAUCAACCAGACGUUGGCCGAGCAAUACUUUGUUAGCGGUCGCCAGCUGGCGUUUUCAGCUUUUACGGAGACUCCCAGCAGUUACACCAUCCAAUCGUAUGUCCUGAUUUCUAUGUACAUGCUGGGUGCCUGUCGACGGAAUGGAGCUUUCAUGAAUCUUGGGAUUGCUCUACGGGCAGCAUAUGCGGUGGGGAUCCAUAGGAGAGAUACGAAUGCGCUCUUCUGCACGCGAGAGCGGCGGGCCAGAGAACGCAUGUGGAAAAGCCUCCGCAUGAUGGAUCUCUUUCUCAGUGCGUCCUUAGGUCGUCCUCCUGCCACAUCAGAUUUCGACUACGAAUUCCGUGAGGACGGUACAUCUCCGGAAGAGUCACAGCUUGUCCAACCUGGAGAACAGUUAUCAUCGGCGGUGGUUUCAUUAUGUCGUAUUUUUGAACGGAUCCUGACUGAAGUUUACAUGCGACAAGUCGUCUCCAUCAAUGUAGCAGACACUAUUUCAAAUCAGCAUCGUGUCUGGGUCCGAAAUCUACCUGCAUCUAUGCAGAUGCAGACGGAGCGGCUCGACUCUGGUUCUCUUGAGAACACCUUGGCUGCUGCCCAUGUCUUCGGCUCUUACUACUGGUCGAUCAUCCUUCUGACGCGACCGUUCCUCAUUUUCCGGGUGUCGCAGUAUGUGAGAAAUCGGAGUGACCCAAGCAAUCUCUCUGAGCUGAGGAAUAGCAGCUCUCGCAUUUCCCUAUUCGCCGAUGCGUGUGUCUAUUCCGCAUUAAGGGGACUUAAUAUUGUCGAGGGUCUGUCUCAUUUUACAUCUCUCCCACGACGACUACCUUUCCUGAUUAAUUCGGUGUUCAACUCCGCAAUCGUCCUGGGGGCGGCUUUCUUCGCCGACUAUGACAACCUUCUUCCACUCGAGGAAGGUAUGGGCAAGGCCGAACAAUUCCUCGGCCUUUUUGUCCCACACGAUCCGCAUGCGUGUCGCUUCUUCCAGAUCAUCAAAUACCUCCGUAAUGCCGUAGCCGAAUACGUACGUCGACGGAAUCGCCAAUGGAUGGAGCGCCGUAGCCGACAGGUCGACCAACUGUUCGGCCAAGUAGGGCCGGCGGAGUCGUCCGCUGCGAACAAUGGUGUCUCGAUACCCCAUCAAAGUGAACCAACUGUGUCUUCCCCGCUAUCAUCGGAGAAAUUUGCUGGUCCUCUACUCUCGCAGCCGCCAGAGCCAGCAGCUACCACAGCCCAACCGGAUCAUGAUAUCUGGGACACUCUCUAUGGAGUCGACGGCGCAGCCACUCUUCCCCACGACACCGCUAUCUCUACCUUAACAACAACGGGGAUACCGAUCGGCUGUUCACCAGGAGACACUAUCCCAUCCGGCCAGCUGGCAGAUCGAUCAAGUAUGAUGGAUGCUAGAGGCCAAACGCCUCUAUCCGAUGUGAUAUUGCCGGACAAUGGUCUCCUCUACAUGGCUGAAGAUCUCCCUGUGUUUGGGCUGUGGGAAGAUACAUGA